AUGGGAAGUGUACUGUUCCCGGAUCGGUCUGGAGCUACGUUGCACCUACAGUACCUACUUCUGAUUGAGGAUUGGCAGAGAGCCGGACGGUUCGCCUGGGGAGCAGCUGUUUUAUCGUAUCUGUACCGUGAGAUGGGUAGGUCGGCUUUACACAUUACGCAUUCCUUCACUUCUCUAGGCAGUGACCUUGGUGGAUGGGUCGCCCUACUGCAGCUCUGGGUGUGGGAGCGAUUCCCACAUCUGACACCGUGA